CUGCCUGUUUACGGCAUCCACAUUCUGUGGGAGUGGUGCUGGACGAAGAAGAAGAAAAAGUUGCCAACAUGGCGUUUACGCUGUACACUCUUAUCCAGACUGCUAUUUUAUGCACUAAUGCAAUCGCUGUGUUGCAUGAAGAAAGGUUUCUAAGCAAGUUUGGCUGGGGGCUUGACCAUGGGGUUGGAGGUUUUGGGGAUGAUCCAGGAGUCAAAGCCCAGAUUCUCACCCUCAUUCGCUCGGUCCGGACUGUUAUGAGAGUGCCUUUGAUAAUAGUGAACUCGGCCUGCAUUGUCCUGUUGUUACUGUUCGGUUGACAGCAGGACGCCAAGGGCCAGUAUGAAAAAAAUGAAGCCGGGGGACUAGACGCAUGGAAAGGAAAAACCACAAACACACCCAGUAAAAUCCGUUAUUCAGAGAGUUCUGCCUUUCCAGUCACCAGCAGGGUGGAGAUGAAAAACGGAAAGGGAGAACCUUAAAAAUCAACAUUCAGGUGCUCGCAUCCAAAGAGAAGGAGAGGUGACCCGUCACUCGGUUGAAAGUAUUAAAUGGCUCUUGUGGACUUAAACACCAGGACUAACACUGACCUAA